AUGCCCCUGGCCCGGGGAGCCGACAUGCGGGGGCCUGAGGCCUGGCUGCUGCUGCUGCUCCUGGCGUCACUGGCAGGCCGCUGCCCGGCGGGCGAGCUGGAGGCCCCGGAGCUGGUGACGGUGGUGCUGGGCCAGGACGCGCGGCUGCCCUGCCUCUACCGCGGCGGCCCCGGCGAGCAGGUGGCGCAGGUGGCCUGGGCGCGCGCCGCGGCGGGCGAGGGCGCCCGGGAGCUGGCGCUGCUGCACGCGCAGUACGGGCUGCACGUGGGCCCCGCCUACGAGGGCCGCGUGGAGCGGCCGCCCGCGCGCGGCCCCCCGGACGGCCCGCUGGACGGCGCGGUGCUGCUGCGCAACGCGGUGCAGGCGGACGAGGGCGAGUACGAGUGCCGCGUGAGCACCUUCCCGGCCGGCAGCUUCCAGGCACGGCUGCGGCUCCGCGUGCUGGUGCCUCCCCUGCCCUCCCUGAAUCCUGGUCCAGCGCUGGAAGAGGGCCAGGGCCUGACACUGGCCGCCUCCUGCACCGCUGAGGGCAGCCCGGCCCCCAACGUGACCUGGGACACAGAGGUCAAGGGCACCAUGUCCAGCCGCGCCUUUGAGCACGCCCGCUCGGCGGCUGUCACGUCCGAGUUCCGCCUGGUGCCCAGCCGCAGCAUGAACGGGCGGCCCCUCACCUGCGUGGUGUCCCACCCCGGCCUGCUCCAGGACCAGAGGCUCACCCACACCCUGCACGUGGCCUACCUUGCAGAGGCCUCUGUGCGGGGCCUGGAAGACCAAAAGCUUUGGCAGACCGGCAGGGAAGGUGCCACGCUCAAGUGUCUGAGUGAGGGGCAGCCCCCGCCCACCUACAACUGGACACGGCUGGACGGGCCUCUGCCCAGCGGGGUGCGUGCGGACGGGGACACGCUGGGCUUCCCCCCGCUGACGGCUGAGCACAGCGGCAUCUACGUCUGCCGCGUGAGCAACGACCUCGCCUGGCGGGAGUCCCAGGUCACCGUGGAGGUGCUGGACCCCGAGGCGGCCUCGGGGAAGCAGGUGGACCUGGUGUCGGCCUCCGUGGUGGUGGUGGGAGUGAUCGCCGGGCUCCUGCUCUGCCUCCUGGUGGUGGUGGUGGUGCUGAUGUCACGAUACCAUCGGCGCAAGGCCCAGCAGAUGAGCCAGAAGUAUGAGGAGGAGCUGACCCUGACCAGGGAGAACUCCAUCCGCAGGCUGCAUUCCCACCACUCGGACCCCAGGAGCCAGCCGGAGGAGAGUGUAGGGCUGAGAGCCGAGGGCCACCCUGAUAGUCUCAAGGACAACAGUAGCUGCUCUGUGAUGAGCGAAGAGCCCGAAGGCCGCAGCUACUCCACGCUGACCACCGUGCGGGAGAUCGAGACCCAGACGGAGCUGCUGGCGCCUGGCCCCGGCUGCGAGCGGGCAGCCGAGGAGGACUGCGACGAGGGCAUCAAGCAGGCCAUGAGCCACUUCGUGCAGGAGAACGGGACGCUGCGGGCCAAGCCCACAGGCAACGGCAUCUACAUCAACGGGCGGGGCCACCUGGUCUGA